CUCUCCUCUCCUGUCCUCAGCCGCCCCGCCGGCGUCCCCCUGAGGAAGUCCGGAGCCUGUGGAGUCCGGUUGUUUCCGCCGUGCGAUGACCGAGUACAAACUGGUGGUGGUCGGAGCCGGCGGCGUGGGGAAAAGCGCCCUCACCAUCCAGCUCAUCCAGAACCACUUCGUGGACGAGUACGACCCCACCAUAGAGGAUUCAUACCGAAAGCAAGUAGUUAUUGACGGCGAAACCUGUUUGUUAGACAUACUGGACACUGCCGGACAAGAAGAAUAUAGUGCCAUGAGAGACCAGUACAUGAGGACGGGGGAAGGUUUCCUCUGUGUGUUUGCCAUAAAUAAUAGCAAAUCAUUUGCUGAUAUUAACCUCUACAGGGAACAGAUCAAGCGAGUGAAAGAUUCAGACGACGUACCUAUGGUGUUGGUGGGGAACAAAUGCGAUUUGCCAACGAGGACAGUUGACACGAAACAGGCUCAUGAACUCGCCAAGAGCUAUGGAAUUCCCUUCAUUGAAACCUCUGCUAAAACCAGACAGGGUGUCGAAGAUGCCUUUUAUACAUUGGUGAGAGAGAUAAGACAGUACCGAAUGAAAAAACUCAACAGCAGUGAUGAUGGGACUCAAGGUUGUAUGGGACUACCGUGUGCAGUGAUGUAACAAGCUGCACUGACCCCCCUGGUUCUGCUAUCCCUGGAGGAAAAGCAUUAACACUGCCAUCUCCGAACUCACCACGAAGCUCCUGCCUCUGCCCCGCCUCUCAGUUGAUCAGUACAAUAGUCUUUCGUCUGUUCUCCGCUUGAGAACUUCUGAACAACUACCUCCUUACUUGGUUGUCUGACCAGAGAAAUGCGCCUCUCAUUACUCACCAGUAUUUCUCUUUCCCUGGAAUUUUUCUCUCUCUGGUUUUCAAACGGGAAGAAAUCCAUGCUCUGAAACAGAGAAGCAAACCGUAGAAAUGAAAUACGGUUGAAAAGCAACACGGUCGAGAAACAGUUGCUAGUGAUUCUUUUUGUGCUGCACACUUCACCUGUGUUGAUAUUUCGCAAAGUGAUAUCGGUUUCCAGAGAACAUUGCUGAAAUCAGUUUUGUUGGUAUGUUAACGUUAUCUGCCACCUAUCCUAAACUGGUAUCUACUCUUUUCAGAGAACAUUGUUGAAAUCAGUUUUGUUGGUAUGUUAACAUUAUCUGCCACUUCUCCUAAACUGGUAUCUACUCUUUUCAGAGAACAUUGCUGAAAUCAGUUUUGUUGGUAUGUUAACGUUAUCUGCCACCUAUCCUAAACUGGUAUCUACUCUGUAUGGUGUUUGGAACCCAAUACAACAGGCUAUGCCCUAACCUCAGUUCUAUCUGUUGCCAAUAUUGCCCUGUUUUCGCAUCCACCUUAGUUCUUCUCAAUCCUUUUGUUAAAGUGGAGACAUCUUUGCUAACGAAGUGCCUUUGUCCUCAAAGGGAUUUGUUGAACUUCCCCGUUCUGUCCAAGGAAAAGCAUUGAAAGGGGCAGAAACCAUUAGGGUCGGUAUCGGAGAUCAGUCCUUGUUUCGGAAACACAAGAUCAUUUAGGGUCUUGUGUUCAAGCCCACGUGAUAUCUAAUACGUUCAUCUUACAGACAGCUGUUCUGGGAUCUCCUGGAAAAUCAUAAAACUGGAAAGACAAUUUUAUUUCUCUUCAUUUUCACCCAUCCUCCAACUUUUUCUGCUGACUCCAGCUUUCAAGAUAUGCGUACCCUUUACACUUUUCCUUUCACUUUAUUACUGUUCACAGGACUCUUCUGGGUUUUUUUUUGUUUUUUGUGUUUUGCGGGGGGGGGGGGUUUAGAGAACUUAGAAUUUGAAGGUCAAGUUUUGGGAUUGUGGUUCCACAAUUAAAUAUUCCGAUUUGGGCCACACCAGAGAGUUGUGUGAUUAUGACGGUAGGAGCAUUACCGUAACUGGCAGGAGGUUUUUGCUGGAACCCUUAAACUUCAAAUUAAUAAUGUGAACAGGAAAACAAAUCAGUAGCUAGAGUAUUUGUUGUUCCCUUGCCAACUUCCCUUGUUUCUACUUUUUAGUGACAUGAGUUUUUGCCACUUGGAAGGCCUUAAAAUUUAUAUCAUUAUCUGUGAAAUUUUUGUGAAACGGAGAGAGCCCUGCAAUAAAAUAUAAUGCAGAAAAUCAAAUCGAUUGCAGGUUGGUUCAAAACUGGAAAUGAUCUUUGAAAAGAAAUUGCUUGAUAGGGAAGAAAACAGAAAUGGGUGCAGUUAAUUUGUCUAUGAAUCAGGUGCCAGGGGAUAUGCUAAGUUUUGGGGGUUUUUUUGAGUUGUUUAUCUAGGAGUAUCCUUGGAUGAAGAAAUGACACAGUUGGCCUUGUAGCCUCUCAGUGUUCAAAAAUUUGAAUUCAUUAAAGGUUAAUCUUCCAACAUGAGUCUUCUCCCUUCCAAACAAACCCGUCAUUAACCUGCAAGAAAACCGAGUGCAUAAGAAGGAUUUGGCCAAGAAAGACGCCUUUGCCCCAAGUAUCAAAGAGUCCUGUUAGUGAAACAACUUUGGAGGAGGCAACAUCAAAAGUCUGUCUAGUGUCUGCUGUGUGCAGAGCAUGGAACUAGGCUCAGUAGAAGUAAAAGGUAACAAGCAGUCCAUGCUCAAGAGGAGUUGAAAAGCUCAUGAGAUUAUCGGUUGGUAAUAACUAGUUUUUUCCGUUCUAGGUUUUAACAAAUUAAUUUCCUAAAAGCUCUUCAUUGCAAGUGAGGAAAGAAACCCGCACUUGUUCUACUCACAACUGCUUUUUUAGAAAGACUCUGGAGAGAAUAUCUAGGGAUGCCCUUCUCCGUUCAGAUCUUAACCUUCUAGAUUAACACAGUAGGAGCACAAACUUUCCCAAGCAAAUGUCAGUAUCAUCAGGGUUUCCUCAAAAUCAGGGUAGGAAAUGUCCUCGGAAUCCCUUUGUAGGCGUAGGCCUGGGUUCUGACUCGGGGUAAUGUGAUAAACUAACAUUUAAAGACAAGAAGCUAGGAGAUGUGUAGUCCACAUUUACAAAAUGUGCUUUUAUACGAUGUUUGUGUUUUGCUGAGACCUGCCCCUCAGUUGGCUAACUGGAAUUCUAAAAUCAGAGUUAAAUGUUCUGCCAAACCUAUAAUAAAUGUGUUCCUUUACAGUUGGCAUUUGCUGUUUAAAGGUUGCGAGUUCAAGAGUGUGAAGAUUGAAUAUCAUGGGGCUGAGGCUUCAGAAUCUAAAGAGUUUGCAAGUGCAUCUGAUAAAGUUACUUUGUGCUCAUCAUCUUAUUACAGAUCGUUUCCUGUUAUUAAAAUGCUGGUGAUAAUUCCACCCUUAACUUUGGGACUCUGAAAAGUAAAACUGAAACUGAGGAUUCUCGGUCACAUGUUCCAUAUUGCAGCAGCCUAGCUUACGGCUAGGGCGAGACCUAAUCUAAUAAGGUUUCCAGAGGAGUGGACAUUCCCCCUCUAAACUGUAAGCCCAUUGUGGGCAGGGAACUUGUCUACCAACUCUGUUCUAUUGUACUCUCCCAAGUGCUGGAUACAGUGCUCUGUACUGUAAGUAAGCGCUCAAUAAAUCCGAUCGAUUGAUUG